AUGGCCAGCAACAUAUCCAUCGCGCGGUGUAUGCGCGCCUCCUCCUCCAUAUCACGCCUCGCCAGCAGCCUACGCGACCUUUACCUGUCGUCGGCAUCGCGCCCCACCAUCGCGGCCACGGUGCACUUCCGACCACACCCAGACGUUGGCCAGGGCCGCUCGCUCUCAUCGAGCAUGGCGCCAUCAGGCGCCCUCUCCGUUAUCACAAGACCCGUUGCCAGACCCGUGGCUGCGGCCGCGCUCCAGCAGCAGACCCGUGGGAUGAAAGUGCACAGCUCCAUCAAGAAGCGCUGCGAGCAUUGCAAGAUCGUGCGGCGGAAAAAGGGCAAGAGAGGAAAUGGUUACCGAUAUGUCAUCUGCAGCGCAAACCCCAGGCACAAACAGCGCCAAGGUUCAUAG